GCAGCAACCAGCCCUACAUGUGUGAUAACCCUGUAGGUGUUCCAUACGAAAGUAUAAAGCAUUGCACCAGCACAAGGAGGGCACUGCAUUUUGGCUCAUUUUCAGUCAGCUCAACCAUCGAGUGCCACCAGAGACACGGGUGGGAGCACCUUUCACAACACAGACAAGACUACGGAUCGUAACGACCAUGGCCGUCUUGCUUCGUCCUUCUCUUCUUGCUGUGUUUUUAAUAGUUCGCUGUGAAGGCACAUUUUUCAAUGACAAAAACAAAGUUACUUUGUUGAAGACAGACUGGAUGAAGACUUUGGAUGAAAGCAAGGCUUUGUCAGCACUGACUAUUCCCGGAACCCACGACAGCAUGUCCUCCUCACACCAAGCUUUGUCACUGCACUUCCAGCUCGAUGCAGGGGUGCGAUACUUUGAAAUGAAAGCCAGUAGUCCCCUUCUGUUUAACAGAAAAAAGAUUGAGAUUGGAAGCAAGUCACUGGAUGAGGUCCUGAACGUUCUGAAGACUUUCUUGGCUAAAAACCCCAGUGAAUUUGUACUGCUGAAGUUGAUCCCAGAAGGGCUCAGAAAGACUGAGACAGCAAAAGAUAUCACUAAGGUCUUACAGAAAGAGCAGGGUGUGUGGUUAGAGCCUACAGUACCAACUGUGGGCCAGGUGAAAGGGAAAAUUGUCAUUCUGAGGAGCUCCACCUAUGAAAAAGGAGUUGCCAACCAGCAGACAAGUGGUAAGAAGGACAGCAAAUUUAAGGAUGUUGAGAAACAUCUGAAGCAUAUCAAGGAACACCUGAAGAGCGCAGAGGGACUCUGUAAGCAAGGGAGCUUGACGGUAACGGUCACCAGUUCUUCGGCCUUCCUGACAACCUACAAGAGUGUGGCAGUACAAGUGAACCCCAAUCUUGACCAGGCCCUCAAAGGCCUGCUGGAGGGCAAAACCAGGCCGUCGUGCUUGGGAGUGAUAGCCACAGACUUCCUUGGAGAGACCCUCAUUGACACCAUCAUCAAAUUCAAUGGAGUGGGAAGUGGAGCAACAGUAGGGGCAGGAGCAGCACAGGGAGCAGGGGCAGGAGCAGCACAGGGAGCAGGGGCAGCAGAGGAAGCAGGGGCAGGAACAGCACAGGGAGGAAGGGCAGGAGCAGCAGAGGGAGCAGGGGCAGGAACAGCACAGGGAGGAAGGGCAGGAGCAGCAGAGGGAGCAGGUGCAGCAGAAAAGCAGGGGUGUGCUGAGGAACCUAAGGCUUAA